GCGCAGGUGCGGACGCAGGUUGCAGCAGCGCUUGGCCCCAGCUGAUGCUGUCGUCCUGCCACUCCUCCCCCGCCCCGAAUCCGCUGUACCCCGGCGCUUGUAGGCCUGUCGCUCCAGCCCCAGCGAUCCGGACGUCAGACCCCGUGACCCUGUCCUCGGGCCUGUGUGCGCCGGAGCAGCUCGGGACUGCGCAGCGACCCGAGUGUUGACAUGGGAAAGUCUUUUUCACAUUUGCCUUUGCAUUCAAAUAAAGAAGAUGCUUAUGAUGGAGUCACAUCAACUGAAAACAUGAGGAAUGGACUGCUUAAUAAUGAAGUCCAUAAUGAAGAUGGAAGAGGUGGAGAUGUCUCUCAGUUUCCAUAUGUGGAAUUUACAGGAAGAGAUAGUGUCACUUGUCCAACUUGUCAAGGAACAGGAAGAAUUCCUAGGGGGCAAGAAAACCAGCUGGUGGCAUUGAUUCCAUAUAGCGAUCAGAGAUUAAGGCCAAGAAGGACAAAGCUGUAUGUGAUGGCUUCUGUGUUUGUCUGUCUGCUCCUUUCUGGAUUGGCUGUGUUUUUCCUUUUCCCUCGCUCUAUUGACGUGAAAUACAUUGGCGUAAAAUCAGCAUACGUCAGUUAUGAUGUUCAAAAGCGUACAGUAUAUUUAAAUAUCACGAACACACUAAAUAUAACAAACAAUAACUAUUAUUCUGUUGAAGUUGAAAACAUCACUGCACAAGUUCAGUUUUCCAAAACAGUUAUUGGAAAGGCACGCUUAAACAACAUAACCAAUAUUGGCCCACUGGAUAUGAAACAAAUUGAUUAUACAGUACCUACUGUCAUAGCAGAGGAAAUGAGUUACAUGUAUGAUUUCUGUACACUGAUAUCCAUCAAAGUGCAUAACAUAGUACUCAUGAUGCAAGUUACUGUGACAACAACAUACUUUGGACACUCUGAACAGAUAUCGCAGGAGAGGUACCAGUAUGUUGAUUGUGGAAGGAACACAACUUACCAGUUGGGGCAGUCUGAGUAUCUAAAUGUACUUCAGCCACAACAGUAAAAACUGAAAGAGCUGCCACUGGAGAAGAAGAAAUCCCUAUUAAUAUUUUCCUGAACUCUGAAGGAUGAGGUACUUACUUCCUAAUAGGAGAUCUUAAAUUGAACAAACCUAAAGUUUACAUUUCCAUUGUAGGGGUACAGUUGAAAGUAUGUGGACUUGUACAUUAUUGCAACACUCUACUCUGUGUUCAUGAUAUCUGUACCAGGAUCUUUUACUUGAAUCUAAAUUUGCUGGUUGAUUUCUUCUCCUCCUCUCCCCAAAGGAUGACAUUGAGACUUCCCAUGUGGGACAGUAAAUAAUUAUUUACAAUUCACAACUUCAGUCACCACUGGAAACAUAAUUUUGAUGAUGAACAGAAUUUAAGAAACUUUAUUUCUGAAUGUUUUUAUAGAAUAUUAUUGAGAGCCUGUUAUUCAUGAAAGACUUUCAAAAAAUAACCUUUUUUUGGUUUGUUUUAUAAAUUUCCAUUGCUACAUAGUAGUAUUUCAAGAUAUUUUAGCUUUUAGCUAGAACAUUUGUAGUUUUUCAUUUGUUGAAAUUCUACUCAUUUGCACGUUUCUGUCAGUCUUACUUCAAGCUAAUGCUUGCAUAACACUAGAAACCAACAUAAUCUUCACAAAAUUCUGUACCUAAAAUUUUUUAAAGCCCCAUUUCACAUAUCUUUCCAUAUAAGUAAGUUUUGUGAAAUUUUUGUGUAGUCCUCAAACAUAGUUAAUGUACAAUACUGUAAAUAAACUGUGCAUGGCUUUUAUACAGCUUUAAUAAAUGUCAAAUAAAGUACAGAUUCAAAGUGGAGUAAGUUGCUCAUAAAAAUAAAGAAAACAGGAAAAUGAAAUUCAGAAACUUAUAGAAUAUGAAUAUGGUUCCAAUUACAUCUGGGAUUAGGCAUAAAGUAGUUUUGAAAUAAAGUAUUUUGAUGCUCCACUUUUUUUUUAAUGCUGCUUUUCGUGCUAACAAAUUUUGGAGACACUUUUCACAACUCUUAGGUACCCAAGUCACCCCCAUCAUCCAUUUUAUGCCUGUUUUAAGGAGGAAAUCAUGUCUUUGGUAGAAGUUAUCCAAGAAAUCUUGGUCAUUAAAUGAUGGUGGCAAUAUCAAAAUAAAACCUAUAUUACCCUUUUUAAAAAUUUAGUAACUUUACAUAUGACAUGGAUACCAUGCCUCUAGCAGUUACAUUUUAAAAUUUUCAGUUUUUCGUUUGGAUUUUAUUUAAAAUUGUUUUCAAGUGUAAAUUACUGACCUUUUCACUUUGGUGUUUUAUAUUUUCAAUACCAUUUUCCGUUUGGACUUCUUGCCUUUUCACCUGACAAGUUUCUAAUUACCUUGUAAAUAAAUACCACUGAGGGUAUGGGCCGACUGUGAUACCAAAAAUAAAUAAAUAAAUAAUAAGUG